AUGAGGAUAUUGCCUUAUCUGCACAUUGCAAUUCUCUUGGCUACUUUGGUAGUUUCAUGUUUCUGUAGUAACCGAAGGGCUGAAGUUAAGACUAGGGAGGUUUUGGAUUAUGUUUAUGUACCUCACUGGUUAUUUGCAACUAAUGUCCUAAAUUUGAUGCUAUUCCAACCAGGGCGAGGUAUGGGAUUUCCAUGGCCACAAACCCCUCCUUACGAGUUCAGGAGAUUAUUCAAAAGUAAACCUGAGGACUUCUGUGGAGAUUGCAGAGUAUUGUUGAGAAAUUGGUUAUCAUCAGAACCUCCAAUGCUUCUUUAUAGGGCUCCUCCAUAUGUCUCUAGAAUUCCAUCAAUUAUCAGUGUUGUAUGUGGUGCAAUUGAAAUAAAAUAUUAUGGAUAUGGUGAAAGUUUAUGCAAGACUGUAUCUAUGAAGUUUAAUCUAUACAACUACUACUCUGGACUUAGCUUAGCUCCAACUACAAAGAGACGUGCAGCAUUCCCAGCUUCUCAUACUGAAUAUCAUUCAAUAAAUAAACAUUACUUCGUUCCCACUAAUAAGAAAGCGAAACUUAAUUUAAGAGCUGCUUAUCCAGCCACUCAUACUAACUAUCCAGCAGAUGGUAAACAUGGUUACCAACCUGUAGUAAAUCGCACUGAUCUUGAAGAUAGAGCUGCUUUCCCAGCUACUCACACUAAUUAUCCAGCAGAUGGUAAACAUGGUUAUCAACCUGCAGUAGAUCGCACUGAUCCUGAAGAUAGAGCUGCUUUCCCAGCUACUCAUACUAAUUAUCCAGCAGAUGGUAAACAUGGUUACCAACCUGCAGUAGAUCGUACUGAUCCUGAAGAUAGGGCUGCUUUCCCAGCUACUCAUACUAAUUAUCCAGCAGAUGGUAAACAUGGUUAUCAACCUGCAGUAGAUCGUACUGAUCCUGAAGAUAGGGCUGCUUUCCCAGCUACUCAUACUAAUUAUCCAGCAGAUGGUAAACAUGGUUAUCAACCUGCAGUAGAUUGUACUGAUCCUGAAGAUAGGGCUGCUUUCCCAGCUACUCAUACUAAUUAUCCAGCAGAUGGUAAACAUGGUUAUCAACCUGCAGUAGAUCGUACUGAUCCUGAAGAUAGAGCUGCUUUCCCAGCUACUCAUACUAAUUAUCCAGCAGAUGGUAAACAUGGUUAUCAACCUGCAGUAGAUUGUACUGAUCCUGAAGAUAGAGCUGCUUUCCCAGCUACUCAUACUAAUUAUCCAGCAGAUGGUAAACAUGGUUAUCAACCUGCAGUAGAUCGUACUGAUCCUGAAGAUAGAGCUGCUUUUCCAGCAACUCAUACUAACUAUCCAGCACCGGGACCUGGAAGUGGUGACAUUCCAUUUACUGUGGUUAUACCUGUGAUAAAAGCUGCUUACCCAGCUUCACAUACACAAGCACCAGUAGAUCCUAAUCAUGGCUAUACUCCAGAAGUACUAGUGCAAGAGUUUGUAGAUAGGGCUGCUUUCCCAGCUACUCAUACUAACUAUCCAGCACCUGGACCAGGUGAACCCUUAAAUAUACCUUGGGAACACUUAUCUGAACUGCUAGUUAAGGAUGAUAAGGGCAUACCUUAUGUAAUGACAGCUGCUGGUCCAGUAUAUGGUGAUGGAAGUAUCAAUGAACUUAUUCAAGCUGCAGAUAUAGCAGCUAUAGCUGAAGAAGAAAAGUUAAAUGUUACAUUGGCAAAUUGA